CAGCAUGGAGCUUGAAGAAUUCGAGCGCGAUAAUUCCCAGAAUCGCCUGCUGAGCUCUCCGGUACCGGAGAUAUGUCGGACGGAGGACUGCUGCCUUGGGAUAGAUGAGGCCGGCCGGGGACCCGUACUGGGUCCUAUGGUUUAUGGAAUCUGUUACUGCCCUGUGGCCCGGAAGAAGGAUCUUCAGGAUUUGAAGGUGGCAGACUCCAAGACACUGAGUGAAGCUGAGAGGGAACGGCUGUUUGAGAAAUUAAACAGUACUUCUGAUUACAUCGGCUGGGCCUUGCAUAUACUCUCACCUAACAUCAUUUCAACCAGCAUGCAGCAGAGGGCAAAAUACAACCUGAAUGCUUUAUCCCACGACACGGCUAUCGGCCUAAUUCAGUUUGCCCUGGAUGCAGGAGUGCAGCUGAAAGAGGUUUUUCUGGACACUGUGGGCCCUGCAGAGAAGUACCAAGACAAGCUGAAGAAGAUAUUCCCAGAGCUGGACGUUACUGUUAGGCCCAAAGCUGAUUCAUUGUUCCCUGUAGUCAGUGCUGCGAGUAUCUGUGCAAAGGUGGCAAGGGACCGGGUGGUGAAAGACUGGAAGUUUGUAGAAGAUCUAGGCGAUCCUGAUGCAGAAUAUGGCUCUGGAUAUCCAAAUGACCCCAAGACAAAAGACUGGCUCUCUCGGCAUCUCGAUCCCGUUUUUGGAUACCCGCAGUUUGUAAGGUUCAGCUGGAGCACAACACAGACUAUCCUGGGUAACAAGGCUGCCCCGGUUUCUUGGGGUGACGAGGAUGACGACUCGGGUGGCAAAUCCUCUACUCCUUCUGUCCUGUCGUUCUUCUCCGCCCCAAAGGAUGCCUCCCAGCCCCAGAGCCACCGAUUUUUCCAGGAACGGAACCUUAAGCCUCUGUUGGAGUUUUAGGAGCAUCGGCAGUAAGGGCCACGUGCUGCAGUUACCUUCGACCUCUCUUACUGGGGUAAUACCAGAAGCUAUGGAACUCCUGCAGUUGAACUAGAACUCUCUCACAGUCAUCUAGAUUGGAUGUCCCUACUCUAAGGUUCAGUCGGGCCGGGUUGAUUCACAGAGUAGCUUUUCCAGUGCUUUAUAUGUGAAGCCAUAGAGCUGCACACUUGUGUUCUGUGGCCCCAAUGUAUGUCUAUUGGCAAUGUCAUGGCAAUUGGGAAUUGCAUUGACACUAUAGUGAGCCAUUAAAGUUAACUGAGCAGA